ACAAAUAGAAACACAAAUAUAUAAGGCCAUAAUUUUGUGUUUGGCAUAAGUUACUACAUUAAGCUAAUAAAUUAAUUUCAUAUCAAAAUAACUUAAUAAUCUACAUUGGUUUCUUAUAGAAUUCUGAAACUGAAGUUGUUGAACAAGCGGAGGUGGCAAAAACUGUGUUCCUUACCUCUAGGAACAGGCCUCGGUAUCCACCAAAGGAGGAAAUCGGAUUUCGAAAGCCGAGAGCCGUGUGGUGGAUUCUUGUGAUCGCUUUGGAAGUGAUCUUCAUUGUUGGCGCCGUUGUAGUGACGGCUUGUGCGGCAAGCAUCUCAAGUUUUCGGCGUAAGACCUUGUGGAGCUUUCCCAUAUGGGAAUUGGCACUGACAUGCGGGAUAACCGUAGCUUCGAGGCUCAUCGCUUGCUACUUGGUGAGGAUCAUCGGAGUGGUGAUAAGGUGGAUCUUCAGAUCCAUGCAGCUGACGGUUUAUGUUCUCCAUGGCCUUCAACACGCGGCAUGGGUGUGGAUGACUAUGGUGUUUAUCAUCACACCUUGGUUUAUUAUCCUCUCGAAUAAGGCGACAAAGGAGCAAAAGGUGGUGCUUCUCGUGUUGCUCCAGGUCAUCACGGCGGUUCUGAUAAUCUCCACCUUGUGGUUCACGAAGGCAAUCAUCACAACGUGUUGUUCAGCGUGGUUCCACUUGACGACCUAUCAAGAGCGGAUCGAGGAGUCUCUUUUCAGUUGGUACGUCAUCGAAGCACUUUCGGGUCAUCCUUGGAGCAAAAUACGUCAUCUGUUUGACCCAAAGAGGACAUCGGCUUGGGACAUGAAGAAGAUUAUCAUGGACCAAAAACACAUUGGCAUAGGCGUAAAGAUCCGGGAUGAAUCCGAGGCGGAGACUGCCGCAAAAACAAUAUUCUGAAAGUAGCCAAGCGAGAAUCCAAGUAAGAUUCUGCUUCAUGUCUUUGAUAUUUUUCCUUUUAGAAUAAAUACUCUCGGACCCAUUAUUAUAUAUGUAAUAUAAUAUUAAUUAAAAUGAAAUCGUUAACUUUCGAAUGAAAUAUCAACCCGUGGUGUACCGCGGAUCAAUCUUUAAUUGAUAAACAUAUUAC